AUGUCUGAUAUGGAGGAUGAAACCCCGCUUACCCUGGAGGACAGGAAGGAUGGCAAGAAUAUAUCUGCCGUUGAGGGGAAACUAUCCACACCCCAGCAACACACUGUCACCAAAGCCAAGGACAGCCUUACGGCCAAACAGCGUGCACGUAUCCGCGAGCACUGCAAGUCCAUGCUUGGCAGCAAAUCAUCAAGUACCAGCAACAACGCGAGUGACAACUUGUCAGACAGCAAGUCAGAAGAAGCUCCACCCACCCAGGACAAGGGCAAGGGUGUAGACCCCAAGAAUUGGGGAGCGUUAGAGCUUUCCAAAAAUGAAAUAAAUCCGCAAACACAUGCUGAAAUGCAGCCCCAUGUGGACACUGAUAACAAAGACAACAUCCCGGAACUGCAGGACAUAUCAGAUGAUGAGGACGAGGAUGGAGAUUUCCAUAUCCCUCACAACAUCACUGAUAAGAUCAACAGGAUGCGUACCUCACUGAAGUCACACAUUGCACAGCUCAAAGACAAGCGCACAAAGAAAACUGCCAAGGGCAAGACAAAAAAAGUAGCUUCCGAGCCAGCCCCAGGGCCCUUGAUAAGCGUCAGACAGGUUACAUUGCCUAAAACAAAAACAAAGCAUUAUAAGAAGUCCACAACCAACGUAGCAGAAAGCCAGAAUGUGGGGACAUACCUGAACCCAUGA